AAGCCGGAGCGAGCCCCAGACGCGCCGUACACUUUUGUGGUCGCUGCACGACAUUGUUGCUCGCUACGAGCUCACGUCGGGUAUCGGGAAAAAGAACAAUGUCCCUGCUCAACAAACAUGUUGCUGAACGCUCGGGAUCUUGUCUGCAGCGACGUAUUUUCGCUGAGAAACGCCGUGAGAAAACACACUUGUCACUGUGUCUCGGGAGCGCAGGCAUUCAGCCACGGCCAGGUUGAGUCUACAACGUUCUCAUGCUUACUUUUAAGCCCAGCCCCCCGGUCGAGAGGAGGAAGGUUCCUGUGUUACACAGCGUACAGCGGUACAUUCGUUUAUUCUACUAUUAGCUCACAGAGAGAGAGAGAGAGAGAGAGAGAGAGAGAGAGAGAGAGAGAGAGAGAGAGAGAGAGAGAUGGCUGAAGUCGCUCCCGUUCCCGCCGCCGCGCCGGCCAAAGCGCCCAAGAAGAAGGCAGCUUCGAGGACCAAGAAAACAGGCCCUAGCGUCGGCGAGCUCAUCGUCAAAGCGGUUUCCUCGUCCAAGGAGAGGAGCGGCGUGUCUCUUGCCGCACUGAAGAAAGCUUUGGCUGCCGGCGGAUACGACGUAGAGAAGAACAACUCUCGCGUCAAGCUCGCCGUCAAGGGCCUCGUUACUAAAGGCACUCUGGUGCAGACCAAAGGGACCGGCGCGUCUGGAUCUUUCAAGCUGAACAAGAAGCAGACCGAAGUUAAGAAGCCCGCAAAGAAAGCCGCGCCCAAAGCGACAAAGGCAGCCGCCAAGAAGCCCGCCGCGGCUAAGAAGCCCAAGAAAGUAGCGGCCAAGAAACCCGCAGCCAAGAAGUCUCCUAAGAAGACGAAGAAGCCCGUCGCUGCCGUGAAGAAAGCCACCAAAAGCCCCAAGAAGGCCAAAAAGCCGUCGACCCCCAAGAAAGCAGCCAAGAGCCCCAAGAGGGCCAAAAAGCUGGCGACCCCCAAGAAGGUAAAGGCUGUAAAGCCCAAAUCAGCGAAGGCCAAAAAGGCUCCCAAGAAGAAGUGACAGGUCAAGGUCAACUUUUUUUAAAGAAGCUUGUAUUUAGAUACACAUUAAAGCCACCGUCUU